AUGAAAAGAAUGUUGAAGAAAAUAAAUGUUGUGAGAGAAGAAGAAGCAGCAGCAGCAGGGAGUUGGCGGGAGCAGCAGCAGGUCGUCGUCGUCCAGCAGCAGCAGCAGCAGCAGCACAGGCGGGGCGGCAGGGCCGCGGGCGGCUUCGACCUGCAGGCGGCGGAGGCUGCAGCAGCAGCAGCAGCAGCAGCAGCGCAGCAGCAAAUGAAUGAACUGCUGCAGCACUUGGCAGCAAAAUUAAAAGAAAUGAAUUUAUCGAGACCUCAAGUGGAAGCUUUUGAAGAAAUUCGAGUGCAAGGUGGACGUACACCCCAGCGCCCCACCCCACAGCCUCCUUUCUUUUAA